GUACGAACUCACACGCACAUUAACAAUAACAGCAACUAGUUGCUUAGGCUUCACUCAGGUAGCACGCAGGUAACAAGAGCCAUUGCGAUACUCUCGUACCCACAAAAACAACAACAAAAACACACAAAGAAAUUGAUUUUCACUGUGCUCUGCGUCGCGUCUACACCUUCAGAAUUUUUACUGAAUCAGUGCAGCUAUACCAACAACAACAACACGAACAGCAGAGAGGAGUUACAGCAACAGAAACAACAACAACAGCAAACAUAGCAAAUGCGGUCAAGAACCGGAAUUCAUUUGAAGUUUCUGGCGCGCACCUUUUGCCGCCGCGCUCUUCAGCUAUGGAGUGCUUUGUGUAUGUGUGUGUGUGUGUGGGAGUGUGGAGUUGCAAUUGAGAGAGCAGACACUCUCUCAUGCUACCAGGCGAAACAAUCCUCGCAAUGCGCCAAAGAGCGUAAACUCUUUGUGUGAGUGUGAGUUUGGAGCAUGCUCUCUCUGUGUCUUAUACGUGUAUUUGUGCAGCUCAUAACGAUCCUCGCAACAUUUCAAAGAGAUGCCAAAGCCUCAGUCGCCGCUCAACUUCAGUUGCGUUCACUUCGUUUUGCGUUUUCCGCGUUUCGCUUUGAUUUUUGUGUCGAUACGUUCUUUUCGAUUUUGUUGUUGUUAUUGUGUCUUUUUUGCCUUUUGUUUAUGUUAAUUUCGUUUUGUUGUUUGGCAAUUUAUUUUCGUGUGGUUUGCUUGCGACAGGCAAAUAAUAUUAUUGCCGCAUGGGCAAUAAAUUUGAUCGAAUUUAACGUGAAAUUGGAAGCGUGAGAAGGCAAAGUUCCUUCUCCGUCUCGCGCAACAUGUUUGUGUGCCAGUGUCUGUGUGUGUGUGUGUCAGUGAGCGCCAGUGUGUGUGUGAGGCAUUAAUAAGCAUUUGAAGUUGAAAGGGUCAAACCGGUUUAGUCAGCGCCAGUUGCCCCGCUGCCACUGCCACUGCCCAGUUAGUCAUGGAGGCGAAUGCAACAGCAACAACACCAACAACAGCAGCAGCAGCACCAACAACAGCGACAUCCUUGCAACGUGUCGCCUCACAGGCGAGUCUCGUGCAGGCGGCACCAACGCAUCACUAUCAUUAUAUACAAUAUCCGGCGCAUUAUCUGCAACAGCAACAGCAGCAACAACAACAAACAAAUGGCAACUCUCCGGUUGCGCCACAGCAAUGCCAAUGUCCCUGCUCAUGUGGUCGUGCUACAGCGUUGCAACAACAGCUGCCACAACAGCAGCAGCAACAACAGCAAAAUGCCUCCAUGGCUGUGGCGGUGCUUGUGCAUCAACAGACUUCAACGCCAGCACCGCAAUCAACGUUGAAGACGCAGUCGGCGCAAUCGCUGCUCAAUCAUUCUUAUCAAGCGUUGCACGACGAGGAGCAACAGCAACAACAGUCUCCUACCAGGGAGCGCCUCAAUCUCCCCCUGGACUCGUCGGUGGCCAGCUGUGACUGUGAUCUCGAGUGCACUUGCCCUAAUGACAAUGCCGCCUCCUCUUCGCUUGCCCAGCAGCAGCUGAAGCGUUCUCUGCUCGCGGAUGCGAUGCUCGGUGCCGAUGAGAUAACGGUCAGUGAAUCGGACAACAACAGCACCAUGAUCAAAAAGAAGAAACAACGCUCGAAUGGUGGCCAUGGAGCGGGUCAGUUACCAUCAAAGUCACAGCCACCCACGGAUAGCUGCAAUGACAUCUACCAUGAUACGGAAUUGGAAGUUGUUGCCGCUGUUGCGGCUGCUGCGGCCGUCGGUGGAGGUUCCAAAUCACAGGGUCUGGACGACAAUCGUCCGCCCUUGCCGCCACGCCCACCGCCCAGGCCACGCAGCGCUGUCAAUGGUUCCAUAGCACAUCGUCAUGGCGCUGGCAUCAAGAAGUAUGUGGUAUGGUGCCUCAUCUGUGGCGGCUUCAGUUGCCUGCUGGGCGUCCUCUUCCUGGGCGUCUAUUUCCUGCUGCAUUCCUACACCAUCACCGUGGGCAACUUUGAGACAGUGCCCACCUUUGUGCCCGCCACGCUGCUCAUCCUCACAGGCGUCUGUAUUAUGAGUCUCGCCCGUCGUCGCAAUCGCUACAGUUAUCUGAUCAAACUAUCCGGCGCCUGUGGCCUUGUCUCGGCCUUGACCUGCGCCCUGGUCACUGUGACGACCACUGUGCUUCAUAUGAGUCGCUUGCAAGCGCUGAGGGAAUGCGAAUACACGCAGAAGACACGCACCUGCACCUGCUACUCGGAUCUCAUUGAAUCCCAGGUGGAUCGAGUGGACAAAGAAGGCGUGCGCUUGGUCUUUGAUUCGCUCUCCGACUGCGGCGUCGUCCAUGGUUCCCUCUAUUCCUGUCUGCGCGCCAUCUUUGGCCUCUCCGUCGCGGGCGUGCUCAUCGCCGUCUUUAGCUGCAUGCUCGUGUAUCAGCUGCUCAGCCACGAGCGCAAGAAAAUGUACUGGGAGCAACUGGAGCUGCGUUGUCGCUCGCUUUACGCCAGCCAAGCGCCGCCUCCUCAUAGUCUGGGCGCCCUAACUGCGCCGGGUCGCAUGCUGAACUGUCGCUGUUGUGAGCAGUGCCACGCCCAUCGUCAGCUAACGCUGCCACUGCAGGCCACCGCCUAUCCCUGGGAUGAGGCAAGUGCAGCAGCAGCAGCAGCUGUGGCCGCCGGUGGCGCAGGCGCCGAGCAACGUUUCUGGGCCACUCAGCCCCCUGGUAACUUUUAUUCCCCCAAUCCGGGUGGCAACGAGGAGCUCGUCAAUGGCUGUCGUGGUGGGGGAAAUGAGCGUGCCUCACGCAACAACAGCAGCGGCUGGAGCUGGCCACGCAUGCCCUGGCAACGCAAUACGCCGGAUGCAACACGUCGCUUUCGUCAGGCGGCCGCCAGUCCCGAUUCCCAGUACGGGUUUAGUUCGGCCACAGCGGUGGCGGUGGCCGAUGGCAAUCAGAUGCUCAUCGAGGAGCCGACUGUGAAUGGCAGUGGUGGCGCCUACAACGCCUUGCCGCCGCCCAAUGCCUUGCCCUACGGUGUUUGGGGUCCGCCGCCGCCCUACAGCGAUCCCAACAGUCCGGCGCGACGUGGCUACUAUCAGUAUCUGCAGGCGAGCGCCUAUUUGGCGGGCGGCAAUGCGGCGGUCACGACCCUAAUGCCCCAGCAGCUGCAGCAGGAGCAGCUGCAACAGUUGCAACAGCACCAACAACAGCAACAUCAACAGCAGCAGCAACAACAGUUGUUGCCACAGCAGCUUGGGCAGCAGGCACGCGGAGCGGGUCAUGCGGCGACACUGGAGCGCAUGGAUGGCUUGAAUGCUGGCAUCACAAAUGGCGGAGGCACUGCGUCCACGGUGAGCACACGCAGUGUCGGUGUCACUGCCGCCGCCUACAAGUCCAAGGCGGUGGGCAAUGGUGAGUACGAGAAUACGCAUUCGGACAGCGAUGGCUGCAACGGCUGGGAGCGGGAUCGUUGCUCCAAUACACUGCCCACGCGCAAGCUUAAGAAGCGCAUCAUUGAGGCCGGCGCCAAGAGCAUUGGACCACAGAACAAUGCGAACGCACAGCGUCCCAAUGUGCAGCAGCUGUUUGCCUGCGAAAUGGUCAGCAAGCAGCAGGAGUUGGAGUUGCAACCAGCGGAGCAGCAGCAGCUGGAAGGACAGCAGACUGUGAACGGUGUUGAGAACAGCGGCUAUCAGGAUUCGAAUGGUGCGAUUGCAAAGGGUCAGGCUGCAGUGAUUGGCACUGUGACCUCCGCGACAACAGUUGCUGCUGUGCAGCUGGAGGCUGCCGAAUCGGAGGUUUACUUUGCGGACGUGAGCAGCUGCUGCAACAUGUCCGUCAAGAACGACAAUUACUACGACAAUGCAACGCAGCAACAGCAGCAGCGUCAUCCACAUCCUCACCAGCAUCAGCAUCAACAUCAGCACAGCAAUUGCAGUCACAGCAGCAGCAAUCUGAGCAACAGCAACAACAACAAUGAGGAUUAUCUGGCGCAACGCUUUGGUAGGCGGGAACACUCCAUCAGGAGUCGACUCCCCAUACCGCAGACGUCACGUCGGGAGAACGAUGAUGACGACUACGAGAGCUCCAAUCUGAAUAUGCCGACGUUGAAGAGCGCCGCGUUGGAGCAGCAGCAACAGCAGUUGCAGAAGGACAUCUCACGCCAGAGCAUGUGUUCCGUCGAAUCGGAGGCCAAGACUGAGUUCACCGAUCUGUCGCCAUCGACGCCUUGCACGCUGCUACCGCCGCCACCCGCCAGCUUUGCCAGCGAUACGCCGUCCACAACGCCGGCUGCCAAUUUUGUGGCAUCGUUUCCCUACUCCUCGGAAUCUCAAUGCCUGGAGGCGCAUCGUCGCUCCACUAAGAACAUACAUGAACUGUUGCUGGCGGGCAACAGUGGCGGAAGUGGCAACGAUGCGACGCACUAUGAGAUCAUCAACGAUCGUGAUCGUUAUCAGCUGCAGCGCAGCGUGGGCGGCGGCAGCAGCAGCAGCAGUAGUAACAACAAUAAGCACAAGUCCAAAUCGAAGUCGCGUUCACGGGAGCAACUUGAUAUUUAUGGAGCCGGCACGGAGCGCGCCGAUUGGUCCGAUAGCAGUGGCUGUGCAGCUCUGCGUGGCAGCAGCAAGCGAUUGUGAGACGACGCUUUCGAAGUCGAAAUCGAUAUCGAACUCUUUGUCUAGGUUUCAUUUGCAUGUAAAUGCGAGAGCGAGAGUUAAACCUUCAUACACAUUCACACACACACACACACAUACAUACACUCCUGCGUACAGCAAACUUGUUGGGCGCACUGUCUUCCUUAUGAUUUUGUGAACAAGAUCGUCGCAUUUGUAAUGUUUGCCAUCCAAUACAGAAAUCUAGUUAGUUUCGCGCUCUAUCUGUCUCCCAAUUUCUAUAAUGUAUUAACUUAAUCAACCCUAUUUUGCUUUAAAUAUUUUAUGUAGCUGUACGUGUAGCGUACGUAAAUCAUAUUGUAGCAUUGAAUUUUGAAUGUUGAAACUGUAGCAACGAGAUAAUCUAUGAAUAUUGAAUAGUAUAUACAAAUUAUGUUACAUUUACAUAUAGUUGCAUUUAUAUAUAUUCAUAAACAGACACACGCGUAUAAAAAUAUAUAUUAUAUAUAUAGUUAGUUAAAUGUUAGAUUGCAAGUUAAAUUUAUUAAACAAAUACACAUGUAUGU